CAGCAUAAAAUCAUUCUUUUCCUGUUUUUUGUAAAGUUUUAAAAGAAAACCGGACGGCUCUCUAGGUCACCGAGUCUAUAUAUAGCCCACACAUACCAGUCGAUAACUCCAUCCCGCAUUGCACCAUCACCUGAUUCAAGAACAAUCAGUCCUCGAUUCAUUAAUAUGUACAAUCUGUGACAAAGACAGUAUUCAAAGCGAAUUAAAAAAGCUAAGAAAACUCCAACAAAACGCUACACAACAUCACAGAUAAACAAAAUAAUGAAAAAUCACCAAACCAGAGCAACCUCAAAUACAUCUUCAAGAACAAACAAAAAAGAAAAAAAUAUUCAUCACCUUCCUUCCAUACUUACAGGGAGUCACAAACAAAAUUGGCAGAAUCUUGAACGAACUCAACAUUAAAAAUAUCUAUAAUAAGCCACCAACAAAAAUAGAACAGUUCCUCGACAAUCCAAAUGACAAAAUACCGCCACUAAACACGUCAGGGAUAUACAAAAUGUUUAUGCUCUUGUUCCUUGUAAUUUUGUUCCUGCGGCAAAGUCUACAUAGAAGAAACCAGGAGAAUGAUAAGCAUUCGCAUAGAAGAUAACAUCAAAACGCAGUUAGAUUAAAACAUACGACACAAUCAGCAGAACACAACUUAGAAAGUGGACAUAAAAUCUUGUUUGACAAAACUUCGGUACUAGCCAAGACUAAUACUUACAUUUUUAGAAAAUUUAGGGAAUUAAUGGAAAUACACAAGCAUCCUAACAAUUUCAACAGAGACAACAGGCAGAAGAUCAGUAUAAUCUGGUAAACCAUCCUCCUUGACUUUAAAAAAACUGGUUAACCAACCAAAGUCCCCCUUUCCUCCCGAUCACUAAGUAUAUAAAAGGACGCUUGGCAAGAAGCAACUCAGUGACAGGUUGCUUCUCCUUGAUGAAGUAAACUUGAAAUGUUCGCGAAACGUUCAGACGCGUCGGAAUCAAAUAGAAAGUAGACAAUUCACGUGGCUUCAACUCGGAAACCAUACUCAAUAAUAUACGUAGUACUUCUUAUAUGUCUAUAUAUAGAACGUUUCUCAGUAAUUAUAUUUUCUUACGUUGCUUAAGAAGCCUUGAAAGCUGACAUCAUAUAAGUCUCGUCUAUAAUCCAAUCGAAUUAUUCAUUGAAGUACUACACGAUCAACAUGUUAAUCUACGCACUUGUUAGUGCAUUCAGUCUUGCAGCAUUUGGAUUAUUCACAACUGGAGAAUCUACACUUCCCAUAACUACUUGCAAGCGUGAUUCAGUCGAUUAUUCCGCCUGUUUAAAACGCUUUUUAGAAGAAACAUGGCCACGAUUUAUUAUAGGACUGCCAGAAUUUAACUUUCCAUCUUUAGAUCCAUUAUUUUAUAAGUACGGUACAGCUGUAUUUAAUUCAGGCUUGAUACAUGCAGAAGUUAUUUUAUCAAAUAUUACUACUACCGGUUUGUCAAAAACUCGUUUUUAUGAUGUGAGAACGCAUUUUCUUGAUGACGAAUUCCGUUUGGAAAUCGACGCACAAGUGCCAAGAAUAUUCAUAGAAGGUGCCGUGAAAGUGGAUGGUACUGUAGGCCUAUUCAGAAUUGUUGGUGAUGGUUAUAUGAAUACAACCGUUGAUGAUGUCAGAGGAACAUGGGAUUUAACAGGGCGUGUAAUAAACGACACAUGGAUUGUAGAACAUUUUCGUACCACGCCUUCAAUUGGAAAGUUAAAAGUAUAUUUUGACAAUUUAUUAGACAACAAAGAACUUAAUGAUCUUGCCGUAAUUUUUGUAAACGAAUUCUGGCCGCCGUUAUACCGAGUGAUGUUGCCAGUAGCAUCCAAUGUAUGGGACCCAUGGUUAAUUAGCAUCGUCAAUAAUAUCUCCUCGAAGGUUUCCUUUUCAAAAAUUUUUCCAUGAAAUUCAUACAUUAGGAAAUAUAUCGGCGAUAUCACAGAAAAAUGAUAUCAUGUAAUAAAAAGCAAGCUCAAUUUAUAUUAUAUAGAAACUUUUUUUUAAGUUUCCUAUAUUAUAAACUUUAUAAGGUGACACGGGAGAGAAAAGUUAUAUUAUAAUUAAUGCGGAAUAUUAAUUUUCUAAAAUUGAUUUCUCUUAUAUAUAAGCUUUUAGCUUUCCUUUACGUCUUAAUUACAUAAAUUUUUUGCCAAUUCUUUCAUUUAAUAUCACGAAAUAAACUCUUCUGGUAAAUACAAAUUAAUAGAAUAUAACAAAUUAUAAGUGUUAAUUUCUGCAAAGAAUGAUCAAUCCAAUGAUAAUCAUAUGUCUCACGCUAUUUUUUUCUUCUCGAUUAAUUAGUUACAAACGGAAAGAUCACGCAAAACUUUGCUUGGUCAAUUUACACUUAGACUCCGAUAUAUACAUAUACAGACGCAAAGAAUCAUGCAAUUUUCAAUCGCAAUAGGGAAUCAAGAUCUUUAGAUAUAACUCCAUGUUCCGAACGCGUUAAUAUUUAUGUCACUGUAUCUCCAGAAAAGAUUCGGAAGAAUGAAGCAUAUGUAUAUGUGUACGAAUAAGAGAAUAGAAUAUACGACAAAUCUGAAGGAGAAAUAGAGAGGCACCGAAUUUGUUGCGGACGGAUGUCAGGAAGAGAAAGUUAAAAUACGCGUCAAGAACGCGAGAAGUUGUCAAACUUUCGCAUCAGAGAAUUCUUUCCGGGUAUCCCGGAAUAUCCGUAAUAAAGUUAUAAACUUUUAGGAAUAGCCACGCCACACCUUCGUUGUAUAACUGCUUACUUCUAGUUUCUCGUAGCGCUCAACGACCGAGCUAAAUUUCGCUUUUUUCGAGCACCGAUAACUGAAUCUAAGAUUCAAUGGACAAAUUUCUGCAACUUUUUUAUGAGCUGAUGAACCGAUUUAAUUACGUAAUGAAUUUGUUACUACCUAAAAGAUAACCAAUUCACCAAAUGUUGCAUGCAUACGAGACUGGAAAAGGAUAAAUUAACAUACGAUUUAUUUAUAGCACACAAUAAUUUUAUGUCUGUCAUUUGCCUGAAUCCAAUAAUAUUCACAUACUAUUUUAAUAAAUAAGACGCUAUAUUUAGUACGGUUAAUUAUAAUAUAGAUUGUUAAUAUAACAUUGUUGAAUUUCAAGAAAAUGGACUAUUGGAUUAUCAUAUAAAGCCGUUUUUCCAAAAUUGAGCAAUGAACUAUUCUAGAAAAUGGAAAAUGGAAAAGUCUUCUAUCACAAAGAAAAUAAAUAAACUUGAAGCUAGAUUAUUACGUUAGUAAAAAUUGUAAUUAAAAAAUAUAAAGAAUGUUUACUUUAACAGAA